AUGACUGCUGCUCUGCUGGCACUAGAAUCUCUUGAGUCAAACUCAAAACUAGUCCAAAACUGUAAAUCAAACCUAAAUGCACUGGCUAACUCCAACAAAGUCAUACUUAGAUGGGUACCAGGGCACUCCGAGAUUAACGGAAACGAAGUAGCGGAUGAACUUGCUAGGAAGGGCGCAGACACACCCCUGGUCGGCCCAGAACCGUCUUGUGGAAUCACAAAACGGGACGCAUAUUCUCUGCUCAACAACAUAGAGAAAACGAGAGCAAUCGAUUGGUGGAAGCUCGUCAAAGGACAAGAACACUCAAAAGCUCUAAUCAAAGGGUUCAACAGCAAAACUGCUAAGGAGCUUCUAGGGCUCAAAAGACACAAAACUUGCGCGGUGACUAGAAUUUUGACUGGACACUGCAAGUUGAACAAACACAUGUUCCAAAUAGGGAAAAAACAAGCUGCGACAUGCAGGUUCUGCCAGGAGUCAGAGGAGACUGCUAUGCACAUUCUCUGUUCCUGCGGACCACUAAUGUCCAAAAGAAGUACCUACCUAGGACGACACAUACCCUAUGAGGUACAGAGCAUUACGGCCCAAAGAAUCUGGAAUUUCCUGGAUUCAACGGGCAUUAGUAGUGAACUUUAAAGGGCCGUCACAAUAGAUCACAGCUUGGUCGAAGUGGCAUCCAAAGGCCCACAACACCCCCAAUAAUAAUAA